AUGGGGAACCAGCCAUCAUCCGAGGCCUAUGGGGAGCCUCUUUCUGUCCCGCCGCCGCCGCAUGAAGACCGUCCUCUUCCACCACUCCCUCCUCUCUCAAACCACGCCUCUCGCACCUCGCACAUCGCUCAUUACUCCCACGCCUCCGCCUCUACCUCAUUAUCUGCGUCUGCUGCUGCUCUCUCUGCCUCUGCUGCUCCUUCUGACUCUGCUCAAAGGUUGUCCAAACCCCGGGUCCGUUCGACAGCUGCCCUGUUAAAGAGCUCGGAUGUUGCUGCAAAGGGUCCAGGCUCUGGCUUGAGACGCUUGUCAACCGCUGGAAUAGCUCAUCUCGUCACCUCAUCCUUCUCCUCUCCCAAUACGACCACAUCGUCAUCCUUCGCCACCCGUCGCCGCUCUUCCUCUAAAUCGCGGCCACUCCCUCUCCCACCACCCUCUCUCCUCCCACCGUCACCAGGAGCGCAGAGUCCGACCGUCUUCACGUUCGAAGAAGCCGUCGCCGCUGCCUCUAAUCAGCGGGGCUCUUUUGCUUGGCACCCACCGGUUUCAUCAGUCUACCCUUCUCCCAGCCUUGAUCUCGAGCUCCUCCAAGAACAACAAGCCCUCCAGCUCGCGUUUGAGUUCCGUCAACAGCAGAACCUGCUUGAGUUCCACCAGUGGCAGCGGGAAACGAAGAAGCUACUGCGAGAGCGUGAGCGGCGGCGCUACACCAGCUACGAGUUUGGAUUUUAUGACCAAGCCGUCACCGACACUGAGCUCGACGACGAAGACGACGAAUUCCUUGAAAGGGGGCGCCAGCAGCUACAACAACUGAAGCAGAAGCAAAAGCAAAAGGAACGGCCAAGGCGGUCUUCCGUUUCUUCCUUCUUUCGGUCACGGUCCUCGCAACGGUCUAGCCUGGACCUAAAUCGACCGGACGACCGUGACUACCGUGAUUUUCGUGACUACCAACGGCGAAACAGCAUCGGUUCGGUGUACCGCGGCACUGGCGACCGAACUGCGUGGGAUAUCGGCUCCAUGACGCACGACCAAGUCUUAGGCCAGUACUAUGGUGCAUCGCUUUCCGAGAAUUGGCCACCACAGGCCGGUUCUCGCACCUCUUGGAACUACGACAUGUCGUCAUAUGCGGCCAAGCGACUGCUCCAUAUGGUCGACGACAACCCCAUGGAUAACAGGCUCGAGCAAGCGUCAGUAGCAUCAGAGAGUAGGUACUCCAUGGUGUCUGAAGUGACUUGGAAGAGCUCCCACCCUGUCCGCUCCGAAAGCCCAACCCUCGCCAGGGCCAACUCGGAUCUUUCCCUCUACGCCCCUGUCCGGAGAACAUCGAUCGUUCAGAUCCCUGGCGUGGCCACACGUAGAAACAGUACGAGCAGCUUUACGAGCGUUGGUGGUGCAUCGAUGCGACCUGUGUUCCGCCACAGCCAUCCUGCCACAACCCCAAGUCUUUCCCGACGUACAUCGUUCGAGUCAACCGGUAGUCGCAUCAUGUCGAUGCCGCCACCAGAGCUUCAAAGACUUGAACUGAGUGCCGACAACACCGCUAGAUCAACGGCCCGUGUAUCAACACCUCCCGAUGGCGAGUACAACACCAUUGGAACUUUCAAACUGGGCUCGUUACGUAUUACGAACGGAGCUGAGAGCCCUACGUCUUCGCCCGAAACAAAAAGGGCGCGGAGAGAAAAGGAACAGGCGGCCCAAGACGAGGCGUCGGCACGCAACCAGGCCCACGCCGCAGCGGAGCGAACACGAGCCUUGGCUGCUCUAUCGGCGAAUAGUGACACAAAUUCCAAUGCCGUCAUCACCGUUACAAACGAAUCGUCGGCAGCCGAGAAAAGCGAUGGCGGUCGCAAAAUUAGUCCCCUCUCGCCGGCCCUCUUCCAACCCCCCGCUGAGCUCUUUGCCGGAAACGUGCCAAAACCUGUCGUCAUUCACGAGCUGCCCGCUCGCGAGCCUGUCGUCUCUCCUACUGAGCUUCCCCAAAUUGAGGUCUUGCAAGACAUCUUUGCCGAUUUCGAAUUCAGCUCGUUUUCGUUUGAAGACACGGUUCCUGUCACCUCGGUUGAACCGCCGUCCGAGCUGCCAACUCUCGUACAAGCAACGCUGCAAACAACAUCCAAAGCAACCGCCCAGGACGAUCUGCUCUUCGAUGAAGAUGAUCACAGCACCUCUGGCUACGCCGAUGCAGAGGUUCUCGAUGUCCGUCUCGAUCCGAAUGCAAAGGCUUCGACCAGCCGUGGCAAGUCUGAGGCUGUGAUAGCUCGGAAGAGCGCCCACAGUAUGCAGAGCGUCAGCCGAUCCGACAGUGGCUUUGUUUCGAGCCCAACAUCCGAGUCAUCUCGCAAGCCGCUCAGCAAAGCCGACUCUGGCUACAGCUCCAACGUAUCUCUGCGGUCGUUCAAGCAGGCUGCGGCAAAGCUUAUCAAUUCUGGUUCCAAGGCGGUCAACCGACUCUCUGCUGAUAAAGAUGCGAACGCACAAGGUGCCGAGAGGCAGUCAUUCAUCAUUGACGAGCUGCAACUUCCAAGCCCCACCAUUAACAGCCCUGAUAUGGAAUUCCGGUCAAUGUCUCCGGCCACCAAUAUGCAGAUCAAGAGGAAACCAGUCCCGGUAAGCGAGGCCCCGCCUCCGCCACCGCAAAGGGAUGCUCCUCUACCUCCAGCUCCGCUGCCAAAGCCACAGACUAUGUCUCCAGAUAAUAUGUCUAGAGAUGCGCUUCCUCUCUCGCCUAACAGCAUUUCGUUGACCGGCACCUCAACUCCUGCGACGUCAGAGUCGUCUGUCCCCGGUCUACAAUGCAGCGCUCCGGCGAUGAGCAAAAAACACCACGCGGCACCAUUGCCACUCGACAACAUCCCGCCCGUGCCUCGUUCCGGCAGCCAAGCGUCGCCCGCAAGAAGCCCAGUUCUCUUGACACCUGCCAGCGUUAAAUCAGACGGCUCGAUAUCGGCUCACAGCAUUGGCAGUGGCCCUCAACGACCUAGCAAGCUUCUUCGGUUCCUCAGCUUCGCUAACGUCUCGCGCAACGGCUCCCCUGCCAACAAAGGUCCUCCGUCUGUGCAUGUGACACACAUUGAAGAGGACGACGCAGCCAAUAUUCCUUCCGUUCCAAGCAAUGUCAACGACAACUUGCGUGAGCACACGGGCCUGUUUCCCAUGACCACCAAACGACUAGCUUUGAAGACACAGAUGAGCAGGGAUACACUCAAGACCAUCUUCAGUGUUGGCAGCCUCGAGACACGGAGCAGCAGUGACCUUUUUUCCAAGGCGAAGGAUAGCAUGCCAAGCGACCCACCCGUCCCAUCAAAUCGCCGGAAUACAUUCCAGGGCCCGUCCUCGCUCGUUUCUGCGGCGGCUGCUGCCGUCAAUCCUCUGAAGGCCGUCACUAAACGCAGAUCCCGCCUUUCCAUGAGAGUGGACUUUACCGACGAGUUCGAAGAAGCGAGUCAUGCCGAGGAAGCUCAGGAGCACCGAGACCGCUCUUCCACCACGGCCACCCCCGAGCCAUUGCAGGAAAGCAAAGUUAAAACAAGCCGGCGAUCUUGGCUUCGCUGGAGCAGAGAAGGGGACCGACAGACGCCUAGUCCGGGAAAACCCUCGGAUGACGAUGCUUCCGACCAGGCCGCUGGUCAAGAACAAGGAACCAAUAUAACCGACGAGUCUGCGUUUGGAGCAGGUCGCCUCCGCCGCACAGAGUCUCGAUCUUCGUCGAUCAUUAGCAGGACCAUGAGCCUUACUUCGCAGCUCGAGCGUUCUCUCAGCUUAAAGAUCACGUUCCCCAAAAUCUCGAUGUCGCGCCCUUCGACGUCCGACCGCCCGGCUAUACCGAUUUCUGCUUUUUCUACUGCGUUCAAUAACAGCCAGGCGCCGUCUCCGAGUCUUCCAAGCCCACUAUUUGCAGGAGUCAUGGAACAGCAACGGCGGGCUAUGCCACAAGAUGCCUUUGCAGCCGCCUCGCCACCUGUGAGUGCCCGGAUGCAACAAAUCCGCCCGACUGUGCUUCGAGUCCCCCCUCCUCUACGUCCGCAGUCUGCAUCACCAAGUGAAGCAGGAUGUCGCCGCCCGUCGCGCCAGAGCAGCCAAGACAGUCUUUACAACUCGGCGUCCGCCCAGUAUUACCGGGUGGCCAGCCUCGCAUCUGCUACGGACUACAAUGAUACCAGCCACAUUACCGGUACCAUUGUUGCAUCGCCACCGCCGCUCGAUUCGCCAUCGCACUCGCACUCAAACUAUCCCAACCUAGAGGCUCAAUUCGGCCAAGACUAUAGUAAUGGUGUGGACCGACACCGCCGUGGUUCCCUAGACAGCUUACCUCACGCACAUCGGUCUGUUUCUCUUUCCGGAAACGACACGCAUAUGGCGUUUGUGGCAGCUGGAGGGGACAUGUUCAAUCGGCACAGACGGAGUGACAGCCAGGACAGUGAGCCGCGUGUCAUCCGACAUCGCGCAAGCUUUAACGGGUAUAGCCUUGGCCCCAGCCAGUCCUGGAACGGGGACAGCUACUCAAUAUCCCAAUCAAACCGGCCUAAGCGGAACCCUCCGCAGAUGUCAAACGGCUACACAGGCCAAGUGAUGGACCCAUUUGGUGGCGGCCAUCGGCGGAGCGGCAGCGCAAGCAGCGGACCUGUCGAUUUCUACAAGAUUCAACAGCAACAAGCCUGGGAUUAUUACUACCAGCAGUAUGCACGACCUCCUCCUAAUGUCGUACGAGGUUCGCAUCAUCGCAACAGGAGCAUGGGCUCUCGCCAUGGCCCAGUUUCCGGUCCUCAAGCGCCCUAUCGAAUUCUCCACAGCUACAACUCGCCAGCAUACCGUGGUGUGCCUAUUUGGGGAUAA